AUGGCGUCCGGACUGCCAUCAAACCCGCUCAAGAAGAUUCAGCUGGUGCGAAUAGCCCAUGUGUGGUACAAACACGCCGACAUCGAAAAGGCCAAGCAGUUCGCCCUCGACUUUGGCUUCGUAGAGACGGGCCAGGUUGGCAAGACGACCUUCUACCGAGGAUAUGGCACCGAACCGUUCGCCCUCGCCGCCGAGGCAUCGGACAAGGACGAGUUUGGUGGAGCGGCAUUUGUAGUCGAGUCGGAGGAGGACUUGGUCCACGCGUCCAAAACGUUACCGAAAGAGUGCAGGGCAACCGAGGUGCAUGAGAUGAAGGACAUUCCAGGCGGCGGCAAGAGGGUUACUUUCUACGACCCCGUCGACGGAUUCCCGUUCCAUCUUGUGUACGGCCAAACACCUGUUGCGAGGGAGGACCCGGGGUUCCCGUCAACCAGGUACAACUAUCCCGUCGAGAAGAACCGCGGUGUCAAUGAGUUCCAGCGUUUCCAGAAACGGCCGGCACCGGUGCACAAGCUCGGCCAUUUCGGCAUGUGCGUGACCAACUAUGCCAAAUGCUACGAGUUCUACAGCAGCUACUUCAACUUCCACCCCAGCGAGCUUGUUCACAACGAUGACAAGGUCGAUAUCACCCUCGUAGACCACCACUGCUUCUUCUUUUUCGAAGGCCCCAAGAUGCACGUCCAUCACUCCUCGUUUGAAACACACGACUUUGACGCUCAGGUCCUGGGCCACGACUGGCUGCGCCAAAAGGGGUACACCAACUGCUGGGGUGUUGGCCGCCAUGUCAUGGGGAGUCAGAUCUUUGACUACUGGUUCGACCCCGCCGGCUUCAUCAUGGAACACUAUGUCGAUGGCGACUUGCUUGAUAUGAAGGAGCCGACUCAUCACACGAAAGCGGCACCGGAUAAUUUACACGUCUGGGGACCCGAUGUUCCUCCAACGUUUUUGCAAUGA